UAUCAUUCACCGGAAGAGAGAGAAGGGAUGGAGUGGGUGUGAAGGUUUGAAGAAUUGUCAAGUCUUGAAAUAAGGGCUUUUAUUUAGAAGGAUUUCUUAUUACCAUACCGGAAAUGACGCCAUCGACAUGCUCCCGGAGGUCAAAAAGGUACUCUAAAGUCCUGCCAUUGACUGCAUUGUCGUUGUUGCCACACGAGCAGGACAAUAUGAAUCCACUCAGUUCAGAGAAGGAAACAUUGAUGGAUGAAAUCGAAAAGAGUUUAUGGAAUUUAACUGAGGACAAUUUACGCUACCUGUGUGAACGUCAUGGCAAAGAUGGCUCUGAAAUUAAAGUUAUGAAUCAUCGCUUAUUAAGGCGUAAAGUCAUGGAGGAAAUGUGGGACAAUACGGAUUCAAUGAAAUCAGAGGAGCAGGGAAUGUCUUGGUUAGUCCAACUGAAAGAGGACAUCAGGAGGACACAGGAGGAGGGUAGCAGUGCACUCAUGAGUCCCAGCCAAUCAGAUGACGUAGACUGGAAUGAAGAGGGAGGAACUAGGUGGCCUAGCAACAGACUGGAGGCUAAAUCUGAUUUAGAGAGGCACACACCAGAGCAGAGGGAGAGUGAUGUGACUACUUCCCAGUCUGAAAGUGUUUUUCUCAAACCACACUUGUGCACUAAAUGUGGAAAGGGAUUCCAUCAGGCUGGCUGUCUUAAGAGACACCUGAGGACUCAUACGGGGGAGAAACCAUUUGUUUGCCCUUGUUGUGGGAGGGCUUGGAGUGAUUCUGGAAACUUAAAGAGACACAUGAGAAAAACUCACCCAGGAGAGGAGAUGGUUGUUAAGAGGGUUGACACUCAGAGGAGUGACCCUACAGAGAGUAGGGAGGAAAUUAAUGUGGAUUCAAUUAAAUCGGAGGAGCAGGGAACGUCUCGGUCACUCCAGCUGAAAGAGGAGGAUGCUUGCGGUGCGCCCGUGAGUCCCAGCAAGGCUCAUGCUGAUGAUGUAGACCGCAACGUUGAGGACAGGGAUUGGUUGCCUGGCAUCGGACUGAAGGCGGAGCCUAUGAGUCCCAGACAAUCCGAUGAUGACGCUGCAGACCGCAAAGAAGAAUGGAACGAAGCGGGAGGCGCUACGUUGCCUAGCGAUGGACUGGAGGCGGAGUCAGCUCGAGAGCGCCACAGUUGCGACAAGCCUCUCUUGCCCUCCUCCACCCUCGCAGAGUCCCCGAGUCGUGCCUCUCCCGGUGGCGCCUUAUUGUGCGGUCUGAAGAGGGUGUCUGUGCGGCUUGUCGACUGCAGGAAGACACCGGGGCAGAGUGGCCUUCAAAUACACAAGGCAACACAGACGGGAGAGAAACCCCACAGCUGGUCUAAUGCUGAACAACACAAAACCCUCUCAGGAGACAGGCCUGGCUCCCAUAUCUGUGAUCACUGCGGGAAGAAUUUUACCACUGCUACCAAUCUGAAAAGACACUUCCUGUAUUUGUCUGGAGAGAAACCAUACAUGUGCUCUGAAUGCGGAAAGAGAUUCACGCAGGCCGGCAGUCUUAAGAUACACCAGAGAACUCAUACUGGGGAGAAACCGUACAUCUGCCCUCGUUGUGGGAAGGCUUGGAGUGAUUAUGGAAACUUAAAGAGACACAUGAGAAGGCAUACUGUUAAACAAUACACGGUGAAACCUCACCACUGCUCGGAUUGUGGGAAACAAUUCAUUGUAAAAUCAAGCCUUAAACAUCACCGGCUAGUUUUUCACACAGAUCACCCUCAUCGCUGUGGUCAAUGUAAGAAGAGCUUCAUAACUGCAGAAAGACUGGAAUCACACAUAAAAACACAACACCCGCCAAGGGAUCCUCUGAAGAACCCACACGUGUGCUCUGAAUGUGGAAAGGGCUUCCAUCAGGCCGGCUGUCUUAAGAGACACCUGAGAACUCAUACGGGGGAGAAACCGUUUGUUUGCCCUCGUUGUGGGAGGGCUUGGAGUGAUUCUGGAAACUUAAAGAGACACAUGAGAAAAACUCACCCAGGAGAGGAGACGGUUGUUAAGAGGGUCGACACUCAGAGGAGUGAGCCUACAGAGAGUAGGGAGGAAAUGAAUGUGGAUUCAAUUAAAUCGGAGGAGCAGGGAACGUCUCGGUCACUCCAGCUGAAAGAGGACAUCAGAAGGAUACUGGUGGAUGCCAGCGGUGCACCAAUGAGUCCCAACCAAGCCGAUGAUUAUUCUGAAGACUGUGACGAGGGAGGAACUUGGUUGCCUAGCAAAAGACUGGAGGCGAAAUCUGAUCUAGAGAGGCACACGCCAGAGCAGAGGGAGAGUGAUGUGACUACUUCCCAGUCAGAAAGUGUUUUUCUCAAACCACACUUGUGCACUAAAUGUGGUAAGGGAUUCAAAAAAGCCGGCUGUCUUAAGAGACACCUGAGGACUCAUACGGGGGAGAAACCAUUUGUUUGUUCUUGUUGUGGGAAGGCUUGGAGUGAUUCUGGAAACUUAAAGAGACACAUGAGAAAAACUCACCCAGGAGAGGAGAUGGUUGUUAAGAGGGUCGACACUCAGAGGAGUGAGCCUACAGAGAGUAGGGAGGAAAUGAAUGUGGAUUCAAUUAAAUCGGAGGAGCAGGGAACGUCUCGGUCACUCCAGCUGAAAGAGGAGGAUGCUUGCGGUGCGCCCGUGAGUCCCAGACAGGCUCAUGCUGAUGAUGUAGACUGCAACGUUGAGGACAGGGAUUGGUUGCCUAGCAUCGGACUGAAGGCAGAGCCCAUGAGUCCCAGCCAAUCCGAAGAUGACACUGCAGACCGCAAAGAAGAAUGGAACGAAGCGGAAGGCGCCCUUCGUUGUGGGAAGGCUUGGAGUUAAUAAAGAGACCAUGAAAAGAGCUCAACCACCACCCAAUCAGCAUGUCCCUUAUCCCUACCCAAUCAGCAUGUCCCUUAUCGCUACCCACCACCCAAUCAGCAUGUCCCUUAUCCCUAACCAAGACCCAAUCAGCAUGUCCCUUAUCCCCACCCAAUCAGCAUGUCCCUUAUCCCUAACCAAGACCCAAUCAGCAUGUCCCUUAUCCCUACCCACCAUCCAAUCAGCAUGUCCCUUAUCCCUAUCCACCACCCAAUCAGCAUGUCCCUUAUCCCUACCCACCAACCUGGUUUACACCUGUCCAAUCCCUUACAGGUGUGUUUACUACUUCAAGGAAACAAGAUGUGAAGCAUGUGUUUUUUUUAAAGGGUUGUUUUAAAGGGAUGUUGUAGUUGUUUUUAAUGGAGACAGGUUAGAAGUAGAGACGGAGACAGAUGAGGAGGGAAGACAGUGAGGAGUAGAUGCAGGGAUUGAACCCUGGACUCCAGUGGGGAGGCUGAGGCAUACAUAGAGCAUCCAGCUGUGCUACCACAAGACUACAGGCUAUGUACAGAAGGAAGCAUUUCUAAAAGUAUUGGAACACUGCCCUAGACUCAGCCGGUCCCAAAUAACACCUUAUGCUCUAUAUAGUGCACUACUUUUGACCCCUGCCCAUCGGGGUGCCAUUUUGGAUUCAGGACGUCCCAAACCCCAACCUACCACGUGCCCUUGCUCGGCCCUCACUAGUGCUGUGGCGGUCAGCAGGUGAUUGUCAAGUAAAUAACUGCCGGUCUCAUGGCAAUUGACCAUUUAAUUAUCAUAAACAUGUUUAACCUACAAGCCACUGAUGCGGGCUCCCUAGUGGCGCAGCGGUCUAAGGCACUGCAUCUCAGUACUACAGGCGUCACUACAGACCCUGGUUCGAUUCCAGGCUGUAGCACAA